AUGGAGAGCUCACCAUCUCCUACGCGUACAGCGAGCUAUUUGAAAGAUCUCCGGCGGGAUCGACCACAGCGACCGGCGGGGUCUCGUCCAGCACCGGUAUCGAGUCGCAGUGUGAAGAGAGCAAGCGCGUCGGCGGUCGCGACACCGCCGACCACAAUAACGCGAGACGACGUCACGACACGCGUGCCACCGCGCAGUCCGUUUGCCGGCCGUCCACUCGCACGCGCUCCGACGCCGACCAUUCGAGAGGAGGGACCCGACGAUGAAGAACCAAAAGAAGAAACCGAAGAAGAAGUGAGCGAAAAGAGCACCCAACGUCGAUCGGCAUACAUGGAGAAUGGAAUGCGAUGGAUGGAAAAGCAAGAGGCCAAAAGCUUGAGAAUGGCAUUGGAAGAUAUGGAUUUGGAGGAAGAGAGGAAAGUCCACUCGGCGGCGAGAGACGAGGCUGCGGAACUGGUGUGGAAACAUCGCUAUCCCGAGCAGGCGGCCAAGGCAUCGUUUGCGAAUCCGGAUCUGGACAAGUACAGCAAACAUCUGCGGAGGGGAAGCUAUCAACGCAGUCACAGCAGCGCCGAGGAGGACAGAUCCGCCAGUUCUUCCUCCACCGAUGAGGAAGGUUCAAGAAGAGCGAGCUACAAUCCCCAACGGAGCAGUACGCCGGUGGAAAGUGUCAAACGACGCAUGUCAUCGGACAGAACAUCCAAAUCAUACGGCCCACUCGCCGACGCCGUCGCCAAGGAUAUCGCUGUUGCGCAUCGUCGCAGCAGCUCGGGCAGUGUGCGCGUGUUGAGUGGGGAGAAGAAGAUGUUUAUGAGUCCGCAGGAUAAGAUUUGGGAGGAUCCGUGCGAAGAGGCCGAAAUUUCCCCUCCAUCGCCGGUGAGAGAGCCUGUGCGAGUGCAGCAGGCUCCGCGGGUGGAAUUGCCUGCCAUUCCCUCUCUACCACCCACCAUGUCUUCAUCAGUCCGCAAGAAUCCCUUUGCCAGAGUGAGGGCUCAAUUCGAUUCCUCCAAGCUGGAACGUGCCAACUCGGCGCCAACACUCCAAUCCCUCCCUCAUGCUCCCAUCCCCGUCUUGAGGCAUGAUCGGGUCGAGAUUCAGCGCAACCCACCAACUCAGAGCCGCAACCCGUGGUAUGUCUCCAAUCAGUCAUUACCGCCUACUCCACCCCCACAACCGCCAGGAAGGGAGGAGGAUGAAACUGCUCCAAAAAAUGCUACUCCCACUCGUAGGAGUGUUGAUGAUGAUGUUGUUGAGGAAGUGCGUAUGAAGGAUGGCAAGGAGGUGAGAGGGGAUGAUAUUCGUGCUGCUACAGGGAAGAGGAGGACCGACUACUCUCCAAAUCUGCCACGUCCGACUCUGGUCAGUGAUAAGCCCGGGCGUCCCAUUGUCAGUUUUGAGAAGAAGAAAGAGAUUGUGUUGGAAGAGGGGAGGAGUGCGGUCAGGGAGCUUCCGAGCACACCACGACAAGCAUCUCCAAUUCAUUCUAUUCCGAGCAUCAACCUACCUAAUGAUCAUCACCCACCGGUCCCGACCAUCAACCUGCCGGAUGAACAGUCGAGCAUACCGACCAUUAACUUUCCUGAUGAUGCGUCUGCAGUACCGACCAUCAACUUCCCAGAUGACCACCCCACAAUCCCGACCAUCAACCUACCCGGCGAUUCACCUUCAAUACCAACCAUCAACCUUCCUGGCGAUGACGAUGCUCCUACAUCUCCCUCAACCUCACCAACCCACAGUAACAACAGUAUUCCUCAACGCCCUCUUCCAUCUCCAGCCCGUCCUGUUCCUCAUCAUGCCGCCACCGCCAUCGGGCUACCAUCUCAUCGCAGCACACCACACUACACGCCCUCCCUCCGCUCUAUCCCCACAGGUGCGCUGUGCACGCAUUGUGCGCUUCCAAUCGCCGGCCGCAUUCUCAGUGCUGCCGGAAACCGCUUCCACCCCGGCUGCUUCGUUUGCCAUACUUGUGGCACCAACCUUGAGUGUGUCGCCUUUUACCCAGAACCUGACCAGGCAAAUCGCGACCGCGAAGCCGAGCAGGGCGAUGUCCGCUUCUUCUGCCAUCUAGAUUACCACGAACAUUUCUCCCCUCGAUGCAAAUCAUGCAAGACUCCCAUUGAAAGCGGAGAGGUCAUCUCAGCGUGUGGUGCGACAUACCAUCCUGGGCACUUCUUUUGUGCAGAAUGCGGAGAUCCUUUUGAUAGCAAGAUGCCAUUUGUGGAGAGGGAAGGGUUUGCUUGGUGUGUGGGAUGUUUUGAGAAGAGAACGGCGGUGAAGUGUAGGGGUUGCAAGAAGGGGAUUAUGGAAGUGGUUGUGAAGGCUGCUGGGGCGGACUGGCAUGAGGCUUGUUUUAGGUGUGAAGAGUGUGGAGGAGGGUUUCAUGAUGGGAGGUAUUUCUUGAGGGAGGAGAGAGGUGGUGGCGAGGUGGUUUGUUGUGUCGGGUGUGAGGAGAGGAGGUUAAAGGGGUAG